CUUACUUAAUAAUAUCUCUGGAUUUAGACACAAUUUGUAGACGCAUAUAUCUCAGUUUUGCAUGAUACAGACUUUUAAGUAGCAAUCUGGUGCCUUUGCUGCCCGUUGUCUUGUAAAUAAAGCAUAUCUUGUGCUCCAGCAAGAAGGCUAGCUAUUGUGGCUAAUUGAGUGCAGCGCCAUAGGUUCCAGCAGCCUUUGGGGAGACAGGCGAAGGCUGUUACUUCACUGGGCUGUUUCCGUUGCCAACAAUAUCAGAAACUCAACGUGACUGCUUUCCAAGACAGGUAGAGCCAAGUCAUGAGUGCAGAGGAUUCAAACCCAGCCGCCACACCCACUCCCUGUGAAGACAUCCAGGGAGACGGACGAUGGAUGUCCCUUCACAAGCGCUUUGUAUCUGACAGCAAAGACAGAGAGCCUGAUGUCCUGUUUGUUGGAGACUCUCUCGUUCAGCUCAUGCAUGAAUUUGGGCAGAUAUGGCGGCAGUUGUUUUCCCCUCUCCAUUGUCUCAACUUUGGGAUUGGUGGUGAUGCAACACAACAUGUGCUGUGGAGACUGACCAAUGGCGAACUGGAUAACAUCAGCCCAAAGGUUGUUGUGCUGUGGGUUGGCACGAACAAUCAUGGUCACACAGCUGAACAGAUCUGUGCUGGUAUCUUGGCUAUUGUGCAAGUCAUCAAGAACAAGCUCCCCCAUGCCAACACGCUUGUGCUAGGUUUACUUCCCAGAGGUAAAAUGCCAAACCCUCUGCGAGUGCGAAAUGCCCAGGUAAACAAGCUAGUCCAGGAUGCCGUAUCAUCUCUUCCCCAUGGCUCCUUCCUCAACGUGGACCCUGGCUUUGUCCACUCAGAUGGUAACAUCUCUCACCAAGACAUGUACGACUACCUUCAUCUGACCCCUCUGGGCUACCAGGCUGUGUGUGAACCCCUGCACGCUCAUCUCAAGUCUAUGCUAGAUAAACCUGCUGAAAACUGAGCAAGCAGGUUAAUAAUAUACACUACGGCAGUGGUCCUCAUCCCUGUUUCCAGAGAGAGUUGCACUUACUUUAUCAAGACACUAGAUGAUGGAUAUGAUUGAAUAUUAAGAUCUCAGAACAGCAAGUGUUUGUUUGUGCCAGACCUCUCUAUAACCAGAGUAAGUGACCACUGUUAACCGAUAAUGGGACCAUGAGGUUUUGUUUUUGUGUUUAUGAUAGUUGAAAAUGAAAUGUGUUGUGCUGUAAAGAGACAAAGUCCUCCCUGAUUCACACUUGCUUCUGAUUCCCAAAGUGUUUUGUCAUAAAAGGAUUAUUUCUUCUCACUGCCACAUGACACGGGAUGAAUACGAUGAGGGCAACUCCAGGUUUGUCGACGAGUUGGCGGUUGGGAAAACAAUACUAUUUUAUUCAAAAUUACUAUCUGAAUUAGUUUUCAUAAGUAUACAGCAACAUUUUUUCUUUUUUUAUUAAUACAUUCUAUAGGUCAAAACAUUGCAUGCUGCACCACAAUGAAGGCGUUUACUUUGAUGAAACAUCAAAGCAUGAUUACAAUAGGAUAUUGAUUCCUCAGAAGGGCAAAUGACCUGCAAAUAUGCUCUCUUUCUGGGGAUAGUGGAACAGGAUCUUGGCUUGAAAAUGAUUUCCAAUUGUUUUGAUUAUGCUAAAAGAUGACUGUUUACUAGACAUACCUGCCCUUUUUUUAAGACAUUGCUGUAAUUUCCCCAUAUUGGUCUUCAACUUUGCUGAUCUCCAUGAGUUACCCUUUUUUUUGUAUUGGAUUUCCUGCUUUGUCUGCUGUGAAAAAAAGUCUGUAGUAUUAUUUUGUGCAUGUGUGUUUUGUUUUUAUAAAUAUACUUUUUUUCUUUUUUUUUUUGUACAUGUUGAUUUAAAUGACCAAAGCUUCAAAUGUUAUCUACAUGGCAAACAGUGGACACGUCAGUUUGCUUUUCAUCAUGUUGUGUUUUUUCAUUGUUGCCUUUUUCUUCACUUCUCAAAACAGCAAGAGAUUCAUGCGAGGACUUUUUUUUGCGAUUGUAAAGCUGUAUUCAUUCAUGUAGGUGGUUGUGCUUCAGACUUGGUCCAUUUGGCAGCACAACAACUCCUUCAACCAUUUGAAAUACUUUACUUCACACUAAAAUGCUUGAACACCUCUUGAAAAAGGUGCCACAGAACUUGGAUUAUAUUUCAGGAAGGCUGACAAUGUAAGUGAUAAAAGAAAUGCAUUAAAUUUCAAAAACAAAA